AUGUCAUGUUGGGAGCCGACCGGUGAGAAUCACAGCGACAAGAAUUUAAACCACACCCAAUCAGAAAAGAGCCCGCUUGGGGAUGGAUUACGGAUGUAA